UGGCACACCACAUCUGUGUUUGGUAUAUCAGUCGCCUAACCGUCUGCCAAUCUAGGAAUCCGGCCGUGUUUCCAAAGUUGGGGCUCUUUCACGACUCGAGGGAAUGGCGUCAGCUACUUACGAUACCAAGCCCAUUCCUCGCCACAAAAAAGCUUACGUACGCGCUUAGGCGUAUCUUGCUAACAAUAAACAUAAUUGAGGUCAGUGACCAGGUUCUCUCUUGUUACGCAGGUAUCUUACCACAUCAGUCGAAGCAGACCAACCGAUGGCCGGCAUGGAGCCAAUCGAAGGGACAGAGGAGGCCUUUACCAGCAACGAUAACGAUAAUCUAACAGAAUGGAUCACGCGUACGAUUGAUUUGGCAGAUGGCUGCGGCGAUGUGAAGAUCAUCCUCAGAUACGGUCCAAGGAAGAAAAACAAGCUGCAAGAGCUUCUAGUUUCUUCAGACGCGAUGGCUCGAGCCUCUCCUGUCUGGAGAAAGAUGUUUACAGGGGGAUGGGCAGAGACAAAAGCCGACCGACCCCUCGUCCUCGAUCACACAGAGGAUUCUUACAAGGCCGUGGUGACCAUCAUGAACAUCAUCCACUUACGGUUCAGCGAUGUUCCUCCAACCGUCACACUAGCCGGGCUUAAGGCGAUAGCAACCUUUACAGACCAACGAAUGGCCACGGCUCUUGUUGUGCCUUGGAUCGAGCGAUGGCUGAGUCACCUCUCUGGGUCUGUGGACACAGUAGGAUGCGAGACUGAAUGGCUUUGGAUUGCCUGGGAGUUCGGCCUGGCCGCUGUUUUCGAUCGAAUCAGUCGUAGACUUGCAUACGGGGCGCCCGUUCCGGUGGCCGAACCCUCGCCGCCACCCUCGACGUUCGGCAAUUUUGGCCGUACCGGAGCUCGAGCGUUUUCCCCAGCAGCAGAAGAGCAUGGGGAUGUUUUCAACGACGUCAAUUUUGAUAAUCUCCCCCCGGAAGUCGAAGAUGUUGUCAAGGGAGCUAGGUUGGCGAUGGUGGGUCGUAUGCUGACGGAGGUUUACGACUACUUCGACGCACUGUUACAGUGGACGGGCAGUCCCAAAGCCUGUGACGGAGUUCCUGCGGCUAGAUUGGAUUGUGCCCAUUCGGAAGCUGACUGCAUUCGGCUGCAGAUUGGAUCACUGUUUCCCGUAUUGAAUUCCCUUGGCCUGUGGCCGAAAUCGACUCCUGGAGAUGUGUUAAUGAGCCCGGCUCACUUACGGACGACGCUUCUUGGAAUUCGGCUAUCAGACUGUAACAACAAUGGUUUCAGGGGCUUGAAAAAGGAGAGCCGCAGUCCGUGUAAUAACCCCACGAGCGCCGUGUGUGGAAACUUCGACGAGACCUUGGAUCGAAUCAAGCACAUGCCGCUUCAGCACCAACAGAUCGCAAACGAAAUGCAGCUGAACCACCUGCAAGCACAGCAUGCGAAGGUUGGUCUUGAAUGCGCCUUCGCGCCGCAUGCAAUUUUCAAGAGAUCGCAAUAAGUAUAUCAACAACCAUCCAUGGGGCCAUUCGGCUGCUACCCCGCACAUGUAACUUUGCCGCGAUUGAGGGGAUAGGGGAUGCUGACGCGACGCGUUGAAUGGGGAGCGUUCGGAUACUUUUGAGCCCCUACCGUAGCAAUGUCUUCACUUGGAUCUAACCACAGCGAUGUUGUGGUAGAAGUGGCAAAACCUGCUUCCUCUACAGUGGGGUGCCAAAAGUCUCUGGACAGCCCACUUAUACCAACCACCUGCAUUUUCACCCCCUCACUUUCACCAAACAGAAAACAGUCAAAUUUUAUUUUUAUAUAAUAAAACUAUAAUGAAAUUAAAGGCCUUAGUUCCC